AUGACAACCUCUGCAGGAAAAGGCCCCCAGAAUAAAGUGCCGUCUCUGGCUGAGCAGGCUGAACAAAAAGUCUUCGAAGAACUGGCCAAGCAUGUUCACAAUGAGACCAAGCAGUCAGUCUUUGCGGUUGGCGGUUCGGUCCCAAUCACUUCCUUUGAUAACCACUUGAUUUGCGAGUCUGACGACGCCGGCUCGGAUUGGGGAAACGAGAAGAAAGCUUCCAAGGAGUCCGGCACGGGCCAUGGCGUCAAUGCUCUCGACUCCAGUGGGAAAGAAGGGGGUCAUCCAGAAGCACCACAGCCAGCGGCAGGCGGGCCUGGAUUUGGAGGCGCUGCAGUCCACAAAAUGCGUUGCGACCCGGUUACGAUCAGAUGGGACUCAGCUGCAGCUAUUGGAUCCUCCCACAAAGUGACCUUGCCAUGUACCGACAGCCAGAGACCCUUGUUCGAGCAGCUUCUCAAGGACUGCCAGCCAGCUAGCUUUGGGCGCGCGGGCAAGGACGUUAUGGACGAGACAUAUCGCAAGGCUGGGAAGCUGGACGAGGCUGACUUCUGCACAAACUUCAAUCCCUACGCGCUGGGAAUCAUCGACGCCGCCGCACAAGUUCUUGCUCCAAACAACUGCAAACCCACAAAUGAGACGCAUGGUGUCCGCGCGGAGUUGUACAAGCUGAAUGUGUAUGCAGCGCCUUCGGGCAAGUUCAAAGCGCACGUCGACACUCCGCGCUCCAAACACCAGAUCGGAUCGCUGGUCGUCUGUCUUCCGAGCGUCCACGACGGCGGCCAACUGGUGCUCCGCCACCAAGGUCGGGAGACGGUCUUCGACUGGUCUGACGAGAAGGCCAGCAAUGCCAUUCAAUGGGCCGCCUUCUACAGCGACUGCGAACACGAGGUACUCGAAGUCACGGCCGGUGAACGGGUCACGCUGACGUACAAUCUGUACGCCACCUGCUCGGCAAAUACGGCUUGGAUGGAUCCCGAACAGAUCGAGCUAUACCGCACGCUGAAGAUGCUGCUUGAGCAGCCGGGCUUCUGCAAGACAGGCCUCACACUCGGUUACCAUUGUGCGCACGCCUACGCCCAUACAUCAGGAGACACGAUCGCCACGCUCCCGGCCACUCUCAAGGGGGUCGACAAAGUCGUCCACACAUGCUUCACCGCGACCAACCUCUCCGUGCGUCUCCGCCACCUACUCGCGCUCGACGGGAGCGACCGCGACUACUACUUCGACAGUCUCCUGGACGAAUACUGGACCGAGGACCCGGCCCGGGUCGAAGACCUGAAGAAGCUGUAUCAGCGCGAGGACACGGAGGGGUCGGAGGACCUCGACGAUGACGACGAGGUUGGGGAAGAGGACGUCGACGUCCUGGCCGACGGCCUGGUGCCGUGGAAGUACACCCGGGCGGGCAUGUACGAGGGGGUCAGCUGCUCGCACAUUGUCAAGGCUUGGUCCCGCCACUUCAGCGUCAAGCAGGUCAAGUGGCUGAACAAGCCGAGCCAUCGGGAGAUGGCGUUGGUCCAUGGUGCGUAUGGCAACGAGCCUAGCAUUGACACCAAGUACGCCCGGUUGGUCAUCACCAUGGACAUUCCCCCAUUUCAAGAUCGGUAACUUUGGCGUCGGCAAUGUACUCGUGUUGUUGUCGCACCGAAUCUAGUACUCAGACGGUAUCGAGCUCGCAGGCGAGCAAGCAAGCAAGCAGGGGAUAUUAUGCUACAUUUCUCAACGAAGAAUCUUUCUCUCUCU